UCUUGGUGGAGGAAUGCUUGUCACCUACUCCCAUUGAAAGAGAAAUCCAGAGCUCACAAGCUUUGUGAGAGAGAGAGAGAGAGAGAGAGAGAGAGGGAGAGAUGGAGAAACAUGCGUGUAAACUUUGCUUGAAGAGCUUCUCAAAUGGAAGAGCUUUAGGUGGGCACAUGAGGUCUCAUAUGUUGAAUCUUCCGGUUCCUCCAAGACAACGUGAGGAAGAAGAAGAAGAACGGGCGAAUCGAGUGAGUGAUGAUACCGAGUCAACUUCAUCGUCAGACGAAGAAGAAGGAGGAGGAGGAGAAUUAGAGAAGGGUGUGUUUCAUGGUUUAAGGGAGAACCCGAAGAGAAGCAUUCGUUUGGUAGAUUCUGAGUUCUCCUUUGCUCUUGAUGCAGGGUCUGUUGUUCUUCAAGAUAGAGAAAGCGAGACUGAGUCGUCAAAGAACCCAACUCGUAGACGAUCCAAGCGGACUCGGAAGUUGGAUUAUCAGUAUCAUCAUCAUGAACGACAACAAAGACAAGAACAAGAGAUGGUAAAUAGGUUUAAAUUUAAUAAACUGAGUAAGACCGAGUCAUGGGCUGAGCCUGAACCUGUGAGUUCCAUUUCUGACACAACUACAGAAGAAGAUGUCGCUUUCUGUCUUAUGAUGCUUUCAAGAGACAAAUGGAAGAGAAAAGAGCAACAACAACAACGACGACGACAUGAAGUUCAAGAGGAGGAAGAAGAAGAAGAAGCAGAAAAGUCAAUGGAGGAAACAGAUGAAUCUGAUCAGUUCAAAUCUUCAAAACAACGAAGUCGAGGAGGAAAGUACAAGUGUGAUACAUGUAAAAAGGUAUUCAAAUCUUAUCAAGCUUUAGGUGGGCAUCGAGCAAGUCACAAGAAGAUUAAAUUUUACUCUCCGACUCAAGAACCUGAGAUAGACCAAGAAAAUGCAGGUACUUCUACUUCUGUUCCAAUGGUGGAUAGAAAGAUCCAUGAAUGUCCUGUUUGUUUCAGAGUUUUUUCAUCUGGGCAAGCUCUUGGUGGGCAUAAGAGGACUCAUGUAACUGGUUUAGUAACAACAACAACUAGUACUCCUGCUAGAAGUUCCUCAAAAUUAGGAGAAAAUCUGAUAGAUCUUAAUCUUCCUGCUCCAAUUGAUGACGAUGAUAUCAACCAAAUUGAGCUUUCCGCCGUUUCUGAUGCUGAAUUUGUGAACCACAUCAAACGAUGAAAUGCUGCUUGUUCCAUCUAAAGAUAAAUCUGGCAGUAGAGAUUAGGAGGUUCAUACAGCAUUAAUUGAUGACGGUUAUGGCCUUCAAAUUACACCCGAUUCAUAUUCAAAUUCAAUAAUACACUUCCAUUUCUAGAAUUCUUUCUUCUUAUUUCUGUUCUUCUUCUUUUAAUAAACUUUCGUACAAGUCUGAAGUGGAUCGAGAAAUUUCUUUCCGAAAAUAAAAAGGGUGUCUCAGUUUAGUGGAAAAUAACGUGUUUGGUUUGUCUUGGGUAAAAGGGAUCUAACCAUGUCAGGUUGAGUGCAUCAAAUAUGGAAGUUUCAGUCAUUUUCAUUGAAUUUGUAAUAAAUGAGUAUAUGAAUAGCUAUCUUUAUGCCUCCUUUUGCCAGUUCUAAUCGCAGUCGCAGCUCGAUUAUUGUCUAGCUGUUGAGUUUGAGUGGUUAA